UCAUGACUUUAAAACGCAUCUACUUGGUUAAGAGGAGCCUCUACAUAUAUAACACCAAGAACUUUCUCCCAUAUCCGAUGUGGGCCCAAGCGGACAAUAUCUACAUGGUUGGAAAUGGGUCGUUACAAUGUGAGUUGGAUGUUUGGCCCUAUCUUGAAAAUUUGACAGGGGAUGUGAUUUCUCAAAUAGCAUUUGACAGUAGCUACGAAGAAGGAAGAAGGAUAUUCCAACUCCAGAAAGAACAGACUUAUCUUGCAAUCAAGGUUGCAAUGUCAGUUUAUAUCCCAGGAUGGAGGUUUUUUCCCACAAAGACGAACAAGAGGAUGAAGCAAAUAAGCAAAGAAGUACAUGCAUUGUUGGGGGGCAUCAUCAACAAAAGGGAGAAGGCAAUGGAGGUUGGCAAAACUGCUAAUAGUGACUUAUUAGCAGCCUCCAACGCUAAUUACCCUUAAUGAUCAAAUCACAGUGGAAACCAGGUAAUUGGAAGUCUGGAAUACAUCGUCAUCCUUAAAUCAUUAAUAUUAUUGUUUUUUGGUUCUUAAUUUCAUAUUGUAAGAAAAUAUUCCCUUGUAGGUUUCUUGCAGAUCCAGAUGAAUUUUAAAUAUUUGGACAACAGUAACAAUUCCUUCAUCCCUAAAAAUUUUAGUAUCAAUAGAAAUAAAAGAGAAUAAAUAUAUCUAUUGACAGUCAUUUCUUCUUUCUGCA